AAAUACAAAGCCACAUCUAUGUGAAGUGAACUGUAGAUCUCAGAUUUAUCAAUAAAUGUAACUGACUGUAUGACAGCUUGUGUGAAUCAAACAUUUUGAUUAAUAGUUAAAGUAGUUUUAUCUUUUUUAAGUGAAGAACAUAUGUGAAAUGUGAAUUAAAAGGUAAUACUCUUAUUGAAUAGAAACUGCUAUCAUACAAAAUGCUUCUGCUGGGAUUACUGGAAAUGCCAAUGUGGCUCAUUUUGUUAAUAGUGCUGGUGGUUUUGUUUUAUUUGUAUACCUCCAAAAAACAUAGAGUUUUUGACAGAAGUGGAAUACCAGCAAUUAAGCCGGCAGCAUUCAUAGGUGGUUUCAAAUACAUGACGAAAAAUGGUGUAAUGCAAAGUGAGUAUGAUGUAACAUUGCAGUAUGGAAAAGUGGUUGGCUUUUUUCUUGGAAAUCUUCCAACAGUCUUCCUAACGGAUCCAGACUUGAUUCGUGAAAUCUUCGUCAAACGCUACCCAGAGUUCCCCUCUAGAAGUCAAGGCGCUGGAAUAUCAAAAUUCUGGGAACGGACAAUACUGCUAUCUACAAAUCUGGAGUAUUGGAAGUUUCUAAGGACGACAAUGUCUCCUUCAUUCACUUCUGGAAAACUCAGAAAAAUGGAGGACAUCAUAACUGGAGCAGUUGACAGAGCUAUUGAACAAAUUUCUGGCCAGGUAAAUGAUCAGGAUGAUUGUGUACUUGACAUGGUUCCAGUUUUUAGGAAUCUAACCUUGGAAGUCAUCUGUCAGACUGCACUUGGUGUUGAAAUAGACUCAGCAGAUGCCGCAACAAUGGAAUUAAAAACGCAAGUGUCCAAACUUUUGAACUUCAGCUUGGAGAAAAACCCUAUGCUCAUACUAGUGUUUUUGAUACCCGACUUGAAAAAAGUUUACAACUUCUUUGAUUUUGACUACAAUGACACAAAUGCCAUCAGCUACAUUGACAAAUGUCUACGUAAGGUGAUACAGGAGAGAAAAGAAGACAUCGGAAGCACGAAACAAGAUUUGUUGCAACUCAUGAUCAACACAACCAAAGAAGGCUUAGAGGUAACACACCAUGAAGAUGGCAAUCAGGAACUAAAACCAAGUAGAGGAAUGACUGACGAAGAAAUAAUUGCAAAUGCAAUGAUGUUCUUGUUUGCAGGUAAUGACACAACAUCCACAGCGCUAAUCUUUACAAGUUACUUCCUAGCCACAAAUCAAAACCACCAAGAGAAGAUCCGUAAAGAGAUAAAAGACAAAAUUGGGGCAGCCAAUCCUACCUAUGACAAUAUUCAAUUGCUCACCUCUUUGGACAUGUUUGUAUCAGAAUCAAUUCGUUUAUAUCCUCCAGUGACCAGAAUCAACCGCCAAAACACCAAGACAACAACAAUAGGCAAGUACACGUUCCCUGCAAACAUCUCCAUCAACGUCCCCAUCUUUACUUUACAUAGGCUGCCCGAAUUUUGGCCGGACCCAGAAAAAUUUGACCCCGAGCGAUUCUCUGCACAAAGAAAGGCAGAUAUUCAGCCCAACACAUACCUUCCCUUUGGGGUUGGACCAAAGACGUGCCUCGGAAUGAGGUUCGCACAAAUGGAGUUAAAGAUGACCCUUGUGAAGAUACUGCAGAGGUUUACCAUUGGGCCGUCUCCGGGUCUUCAGAUACCACCCAAACUUGAAAAGCACGUGUUCUGUAGACCCGUUGGUGGCAUGAAAUUAGUUCUGAGAAAAUGCAGCUGAAUGCAGGAAUGUUUGACAGUCAGUAUUUCCUGUUUACAAUAAUUAAUUAUAGUAUCAUGCUAUAUUCAUGAUUUGUUACAUUAUAAUUAAGAAAUUUAACACACCAUAUAAAUAUAAAUAAUAAAAUGCUGACAAAAAAGUAUGCCAACAAAGUUUAAGAUUGCAUUUAAAAUUAUUGACUGUGUAUAUAUUAAAGUGUGGCAAUAUAACCCCUAUUUAGGCAAUUGAAAAAGGUUUUUCUGUAGGAAACAAUUUUAUGAAUUUGUUUGCAAUACAUCAUUACAUAGCAUCUCAGAUUUUGAUCAACAAACACUAUUAUUCAAAAUAUUGCAAUAUGUAAAACCAAUGUAUUGUUAAAAAUGAGAUUUUCUCAACAUAUUUACAAAUAUUUUCAGAAUUUUGAAUCUAAUAUGUAUAUCAUAUUAUCAAUGAUUAUGUUGUUGAAUAUAUAAUUUGUUUAUUUUUGUGUAAAAAUGUCAUAUUUAAGCAUCACUGCUAACAUA